AAAAUUUCAUCGAAAAUGUUGCGUACUUUCCCACUCUUCAAGUCGUCAGGGUUUUCCAGAUAGCGAACGUCAUCGAAAUGUAUCUUUUGGGAUGAAUGCUCCGGUGCAGUUUCCCGGCAAACUAACAGGGCUUUUGCUUCAAUUUCUAACUUCAGUUUCUCUUUUUGGGUUUUAGUGGGAAAGUAUGUCGGACGCGUUGAUCAAUGGAUUGGCCGGAGCUGGAGGAGGAAUCAUUGCUCAGCUCAUCACAUACCCUCUUCAGACUGUGAAUACUCGUCAGCAAACAGAGCGCGGCGUGAAGAAGGAAAAGAGGAAACCUGGAACGUUUCAACAGAUGUGUCAGGUUGUAAAACAUGAAGGAUGGGACCGGCUCUACGGUGGCUUGGGGCCGUCUCUGGUUGGUACGGCUGCAUCUCAGGGUGUUUACUAUUAUUUCUACCAAAUAUUCAGGAGCAAGGCUGAAGCUGCUUCUCUUGAACAAACGAAGGCAGGGAUUGGAGAUGGAUCUGUUGGGAUGCUUUCCUCGCUUCUGGUGGCUGCUAUAUCUGGGUGUGUCAAUGUACUGUUGACAAAUCCCAUAUGGGUGGUUGUUACUCGGAUGCAGACACAUAGAAAAGUCUCAAAGCCGUCUCUUCCCGGUGGAGCUCCAUUGACUCCACUAGAUGAAACAAUUCCCACAGCAGUCGGUCCUCCUUCAUACAGAACCACUCAUGCUAUUCAGGAACUUUAUGAGGAAGCUGGAAUCAGGGGUUUCUGGAAAGGGGUAAUCCCAACGAUGAUCAUGGUUAGCAACCCUUCUAUACAGUACAUGCUGUAUGAAACAAUGUUGAACAAAUUGAAGAAACGACGUGGCUUACGGAAAGAUGGCAAUGGAGUUACUGCACUAGAGAUAUUUUUUCUUGGUGCAUUGGCAAAACUUGGAGCUACUGUAGUAACCUAUCCCCUUCUAGUUGUGAAGUCUAGGCUUCAAGCAAAGCAAGUCGUAGCUGGCGACAAAAGACAUCAGUAUAAAGGCACAUUUGAUGCCAUCAUCAAAAUGAUCCGAUACGAAGGAGUAUACGGGUUUUACAAAGGAAUGGGCACGAAGAUCGUGCAGAGUGUUCUGGCUGCUGCUGUGUUGUUCAUGGUUAAGGAAGAACUUGUCCGGAGUGCUCGAUUCCUUCUCACCAAGAAUGGCGUUGGCAGAGUAAAACCAAAGCCUCAGUGACUCACUCCAUUACAGGUUAAUAAGAAGUUAUCCAAGCCUCAAUUUAUGUCUCUAUAAUUUUAAUUAUUAUUCAUCAUCAUCCUAGUGUAGUAUUCUUAUUUGAAGAAAUUAAUAGGAAAUUUGUGUCCUAGAAAAAUAGGCUUAAGCUUUGUGCUGGAAAUUGUUGUUUGAAAUAUAACAGCAGGAACGUUCAAUUCAUAGUCAUAAACUGGAACGGCACAUGUAAGAUUUUAUUGUCUUUACAUAUUAUUAUACAGUUACUCUCAUAUUAAUAUA